AUAAGGGAAUCAGUGAUCAAGUCAGUUCCUAUUCCUAUGUCGGGUGGACUAAAAAACUAAAAGAGUGUCAUUUUUCGAAUUCCUUGCCGAAAUCCCGCACUAAAAAGCGAUGUCCUUCAAACGACCGCCAUUGAAUUACGUAGAGCGGUAUCACGGAACACGUGCGUGAAUCAAACCUGCUCUGGUUGAACUGACGACUGUCCACAGGAAUCAAGUGUUCUCAGUACCUGUGCAGCGCUACACUCAAUGACUUCAAUGCCGACAUGCCAGUCCGCUAAGAUCAUCGAUCUCGUUGUUUGUGAGGAUAUACCUGCGUCUGUACUGAACAAAGCCAUAUUUAAACGAUUCUCCAUGAAGCAACAUUGGAGGGUGCAUGACAUUCAGGACGACAGUGCAAAAUUACAUACACAGGGGACGUACGUAUAAACACCAGGGACCUGCGCGUGCUGACAGAUUGCAAGCAACUCCCUUACUGACACAGUACUGGUUAGGGUAGCGCCGUCCGUGUAGACCUAGACCAUUCAUCUAGUGGUUGUGUUUAUUUUACUGGAUUAUCGCUUGGAUUAUCUAACUGGAUUAUUCAAAAUGGGCGAAAAACCAGAAUCGUCUAAGAUGGAGAAGCCUCGCUUCCAGGGGUUCGAUGUAAACGAGGUGCCAUGGUGGACAUCAAAGCGGUUUCUGAUGGCCGUAAUUUGUUUCUUUGGCUUUGGGAAUUUGUACGCUCAGCGAGUGAACCUCAGUAUGGCCAUGGUUUGUAUGAUAAACCACACGGCUACCGAUGUUGGCAUGGAGUCAAAAUAUCCGGAACAAUAUCACAGUCACAUUGGGCACACGAACGACUCCGGGUAUUCACACGUUACCACUCAAGGACCCGUUGACCUUGAGGAACAGUGCCCUUCACAUGGUCAUUCGGAUAAUGAAACGAUUAGCCAAUCAGAGCAAGGCAAUCUCGUCUGGGAUAAACAAAUCCAAGGACUUCUUCUUGGCUCUUUUUUCUGGGGAUAUUUAUUUCCUCAAGUACCUGGCGGUUGGCUCAGUGAAAAAUUUGGCGCCAAAAAGGUUACAGCCGCCGGAAUGUUUCCUGUCGCCAUUUUGACUCUCUUGACACCCGUCAGCGCUACCACGAGCCCUUGGCUCCUCCUUGUGGUCAGAAUCCUUAUCGGAGUAGGGGAGGCUGUCAUGUACCCUGCUGCUCAAGCCCUGUUUGCCCGCUGGGCGGCGCCCUGGGAACGGAGUCGUCUGAUUGGUAUAUCAUACGCAGGUGGUCAGCUAGGGAAUGCCAUAGCCUUCCCCGUGUCCGGAUUACUCUGCGAUUAUGGAUUCGGUGGUGGAUGGCCGUCCAUAUUCUAUGUAUUUGGUACAUGUGGAUUUAUCUGGUGCGUGGUAUGGACGAUAUUUGUUCACGAUUCCCCGGCAGAAUGUCCGAGAAUUACCGACAUUGAACGGAAAUACGUCGAGCAGUCGCUGGGACAGAGUAACAAGAACAAAAAGGUCUAAACCGGACACGCCUUGGAAGCCAUUUUCAGCAGCCCGGCUGUCUGGGCCAUCAUUGUGGCCCACACCUGUGGUAACUGGGGAGCUUACUUUAUCCUUACCAGCAUACCGGCCUACAUGAAAGAAGUACUCAAGUUUGACAUCAAAAAGAACGGACUGUUCACAAUGUUGCCGUAUCUCUCAUUUUGGAUGUGUAUUAACAUUGGAGGCACAUUGGCCGACUUUCUCAUUGAAAAGAAGAUUUUAACAGUUGUCUGGACCAGAAAACUGAUGGACACUAUAGGGCUGGUGAUGCCUGGUACCCUAAUGGUUAUCACGGGCUACAUGAGCUGUAAUCAACCAACAGCUGCCGUAGCCCUGCUCGUCCUAGCCAUGGGUUUCAGUGGAUUCCAGUUUGCCGCCCACUUCGUCAACCACGGAGACAUCGCACCAUCCUUCGCGGGUACUCUCUUCGGCAUCUCGAACGUAGCAGCGACUAUACCGGGAAUUCUGACUCCAUAUGUUGUUGGAGCCGUGACAACAGAGAAAACCCGUGAACAGUGGCUAAUAGUAUUCUAUAUCAGUGGAGCCGUCCACAUCUUUGGAGCUUUAUUUUACUUCAUCUUCGCUCGUGGCGAUAUCCAGUCGUGGGCUGUCAUUCCGGAUGUAGACAACACGAACCACGCGGAGAACGCCAACGCUUUAUUAGAAAAGGGAAGAAGGUCUUCUGAUACCGGCAAAAGUGGAGACACGUUGGUAGUAGAGAACGAAAAUGACUCCAAACUUCUGGAUGACAAGGCUACAGCAUAAACUACUUGUUGAUAUAUGGAUAUUAUAUAAAUUUUACUAGCUUCGAACCCUUGCCAUUGACAACAUGACGACGACAUGCUGUUCAAACCUGUGCUAAAUAAUAAAGUGUGGGACAGCAUCGUAACAGUUUUAUGACACUAUUCCACAUAUGAGGUUUCUGAGGAUAAAAGGAAAAUAGAUUGCUGGAAUUUGACGCCCUGUGUAUGGAAAAUGUUUCAGCCAUAGCUUUGAGAAGGUUCCGGAUUAAAUCUGGUACAACACAUCAUAUUACCGAGCCAUUUACUGAGGUGAUCCAAGGGCCGUAUAACCAAUGUUAAACCUCCCAGAGGUUCGUUUAUGUCGUGCUUCAGCAUGACGCGCAGACAUAUAACAGCGCAUAGCUGACAUGCCUGCUUAAACGAGGGCGACAAUCAGCAAAAUGAGUCCAGGUCUGUUUGAACAACGAGUUCCGGUUGUACAGAGACGGUGUAAUCUACACAAACAAAAGCUCAUUACCUUAUUCAUGUUUUAGAAUACAAUAUUGUAUGUUUAUGGCCUAUAGAUUGUAAAUAGCGUAGGCAGAAUCUCAUUGAAAACCAUAUACGGUUGUACGUGUGCAACGUGUGAUAUUUCCUCUUCCAUUUUAACUAACACAUAUUUUCAUCUGGAGUAAGUAGUUUUUUUUCCCAUAAUACAAGGAAACAAGCUCAAACGUUUCUCUACAACAUUGCCUGUAUAAAGCUACGUAUAGAUGCAAAUUACAGCUCACUGAAAAUACAAAUUUGCUUGUGCAAAUAACCUGCUGAUAUGUUCCCAUUCUCUGUGCUCAUAUACUGCAUCUAAGAAAAAAAGAAAUUGCUUAUAAUGUAAAAAGAUAUAUUUAUAAAGAACUUCCUCCAUUGUCUUCCACCUGAUGUUGAGCACCACUGUUUAUAAUUUAUCCCCUCAUUAAGUACAUAUAUAACAAAUACCAUGCAGGAAGUGUGUUUUUGACCAGUACAUAUUUAUGGGUUCUCGUAGUUUUGCACCCACCGUUUGCCAUGGUUAUUGGUAGGACAGAGGUGACGGUCUCCAUGCUGUCGCCUAUAUGAUGGAGACAUGCUCCGUGACUGGCAAAUCGUUUUGUAUUAUUACUGAGGAAACAAACCGAGGGAAAAACUGAGGAAGAUACGGAUACAAGUUCUGUACAUUUUUUAAGAUAUUUGGCCUCAAAGUAUCAGUUCAUAAACCUUAGUUUAUAGGGUGAAGUGGGUGGAGAAGGGACAUUUACAUUGCUACAAAGUGGCCCUAUAUCAGCGUCAUGUUCACUUUGUUUCUUAAUACACAACAAAUCAUUGUACACCAAGGUACGUUUUCUUUUGAGUGAGUGAGUGAGUGCUUGGGGUUCAACGUCGUUUUCUUAUGAUGUUAUUUAUACGUUGUCUUUUAGUUUUAUCCUGCGUAUAAUAAAAUUUGUUGAUAUCCUUUUUCACCAAAACCACGUGAUCCUGUGUACACUCUGCACAUCCUAGAUCAUCACCUAAUCGUUGGGGAAUCUGGCUGUAUACCAGAUAGAGUCUGUCCAAAAAAAAGAGAGAAAAAAAUAACCAGAUAUACCCUUGCUUAAAACAAUUUCAGGCAUACAGCGGAUCAUGAAGUUUUUGGUGGUGGUUCUUUACAUUGAAUUACCACACAGUAGAUGGACAAAUCAUGAAAUAGUCAAAUAUAAAGAGUGUUUAUGCUAACACUGUUCAGUAUGCUGAAUAAGCCUGAUAGGCCUAUGUCUAGAUACUCAGAUACUUUGCCACAUACAUGU